AGCACACCACCUGCACCCUGCGCUCACCCUCUCUCGUUUCAUGCAAUCGCCGUCCAUGGAGUCUGGACUCAUCAUACAGGGAUCAUCUUCUGAUGUUGUCGUUCCUACGUAUCAAAGGUUUCAUGCAGGCUAACUGCAGCCCGGAUGCACUGUCAAUAAUCCAACAGUGAGUGUGUCCUUCGGGACAUCACUCGAACUCGACAGCAACCAUGGACAGCAAGAGCCGCUAUGAACCUCUGCCCAUUCCGACCUACGAGGAGGCCACUUCAUCCCGUCCUGCUUCCUCACAAUCCCGACUCGGUCCUCAAGAGAUUAGCGAUGAUGCGGAAAGGCAAGGUCUCCUCGGUGGAGGCAGUGGCAACUAUCGCCCUCCAACGGUCGAGUCUGCGCGGCCGAGUCUCGACUCGCUGGAUGGUAUUGAACACGACGACGAGGAAGAGGUUCGACGAGAGAUGCAGCAGAUGGACAUUGAAGACCCUCAAAGCGACUCCUCCUCGAACCGAUCCCUCCUAGGCUACCGUCUAUCGAAGCGCUUCUCGACCUUCACAAACUCCUUCUCCUCCUUAACCUUGCCUUCCUUUCGUUCAUACUUGUCCAAUAUCUCUUGGCCGCGCAUCAAUUACCAGUCCCUCGAUACGAACCGAGUGGUGAUCAUCGGGCGAUUGUUGGGUGUCUUCUUGAUCAUGGGAGUUCUGUAUAUACUUAUUGCGUCUGAUGUCUUAUCAUUUACGAAGAAUAGGAUGGGAAUGGGCCAGAUGUAUGACCCAGAGUCAAUACGAAUAUUCAUACAAAACCACAUGAACGAUCAUGGACAUAUGCAGAAAUACCUGGAGCACAUAACCGACUUCCCACACAUUGCCGGGACGGAAGGCAACUAUGUACUUGGAGAGUGGGUAAUGGAGUUGUUCAAGUCAUCAGAGCUUGAGGACGUGAACAUGGAAAGAUUCGAUGUCUAUCUAAAUUAUCCCCGGAAAGACGGCAGGCGAGUUGCGAUAGUCGAACCGGAAAAUCUGAAAUGGGAGGCCCGAAUUGAAGAAGAUCAAGAGCGGUCUUUCGUCUUUCAUGGUCACUCUAAGUCGGGUGACGUGACAGGGCCCCUUGUCUACGCAAAUUUUGGCUCGAAGGAAGAUUUCAAAACGCUGGAGGACAAUGGCAUUUCAGUCAAAGAUGCGAUCGUUCUGGUUCGCUACUAUGGCUCUCAAGGCGACAGGGCUUUAAAAGUCAAGGCUGCCGAACUUGCAGGUGCUGCAGGCUGCAUCAUCUACUCUGACCCCAGUCAGGAUGGAUUUGUCCAAGGACCGACAUUUCCCGAUGGUCGGUGGAUGCCUAAUGAUGGUGUGCAACGAGGCGCCGUGAGUCUGAUGUCCUGGGUGGUCGGAGACGUUCUUACCCCAGGCUGGGCGUCCACCCCCUCCAACAAGCAAGCCCUCAAGGCUGAGGACAGCCCCGGCCUCAACAAAAUCCCUUCCAUUCCGAUAUCGUGGAAUGAUGCGAAGCACUUACUUGGCGCCAUCAGCGGCCAUGGAUCGCAAAUGACGGACGUCUGGAAAGGAACUCCCGACACAGACUACUGGACAGGAGAUCAGAAGUCUCCAAAAGUCAAUCUCAAAAACCUGCAAGACGAGGAGGCCAAGCAACCGAUAUACAACGUCCUGGGCAAGAUCAGUGGCUGGGAACGACCCGAGAAACGAGUCAUUGUCGGCAAUCACCGCGACGCUUGGUGCACAGGCGCGGCUGACCCAGGCAGCGGAACAGCAAUCAUGCUGGAAGUCAUCAGGAUUUUUGGCGAACUGCGCCGACUCGGCUGGCGUCCGCUUCGCACCAUCGAAUUCGCCAGCUGGGAUGGCGAAGAGUACAAUCUGAUCGGCAGCACCGAGCACGUCGAGAACCGCGAAGCCGAACUUCGUGCAGAGGGCGUCGCGUAUCUCAAUGUUGACGUCGGCGUCUCAGGGACCGACUUCCACGCCGCUGCAUCGCCCUUGUACCAGCGCAUGCUUCUCCACGUGUUAGAUCGUGUUGGCGACCCGUCUCAAGGCAAAUCGCUUGGCGAAAUCUGGAGCACGAGCGGACGAGGACUAGAAGGACUCGGCGCAGGGAGCGAUUUCGUCGCCUUUCAGGAUAUCGUCGGCACGUCGUCGAUCGAUAUGUUCUUCAAGGGCCAGAAAUUUCCGUACCAUAGCUGCUACGACAAUUUCGAAUGGAUGUCCAAGUUCGGAGAUCCGGAUUGGAAGUACCACCAGGCCAUGGGAGAGAUAUGGGCGCUGAUGAUUCUCGAAUUGGCGGAUAAGCCGCUUCUGCCGUUCGAUAUGAAUGCGUACGCGCAGGCUGUGGGCAAGUACAUUGACGAUUUAGACAGCUAUGCAAGAGCUGCACCAGGAGCGGACGAGAGUAAUGUGGUCGACUUGGGACCACUGCGCAAGUCGUCGGAAUACUUUACCGAGCAGGCGAAGACUUUCCAUGACUUCGAUGAGCACUGGCGAAACUUUGUAUUUGGGUCGGGCGGGUUUGAGAGUGCGGCUAUGGCUACGGCCAGGGCGGAACAUAACGAUCGCUUGAUCCAUUUCGAGACCGAUCUGCUUGAUCUCAGCGAGGGUGGUGGUCUAGUCAAUCGGACGCAGUUCAAGCACGUCAUCUUCGCGCCCCAGGCUUGGUCGGGGUACGAUGAGGCUUACUUUCCUGGGAUACGCGAUGCAAUCGAGGCGGGCGAUUGGCGCGAGGCGCAGCAUCAGGUCGAGAAGGUCUCUGGCAUACUGGAGGCUGCGGCGAAGAAGUUGAACGCUUGAAAGGCUUUAAAGGCUUGAUGCGGGAUUGCUGAUUUGACGCGCCGCUCAGAAUUAGAUCACAGGUGUGGAAAUGCACCGAGUUUCUUUACAUAUUUCUCCAUGUCCAUAUAUCAUGUCAUCUUCGGGAACUCGAGCACGGCGUACUGGAAAGAUUUGUACAUGCGAAGUCAACGAGUUCAAUGUCUUCUCUGAUCCCAGCGA